UCUUGAUUGUGAAAUGAAGAGAGGUGAGAUUUGGGGGACAUAAUAAUGAUUGUCAUUACCCAUUACAAAAGAAAUGCUAGUCUUGACAUGGAAGCCACUCAUUGCUUUUGAAUGCUUCAAAGAACCAAAUCAAUUAAACCCUUUUUCUUUGAUUAACCUCUUUAUCUGUUGUAAAAGAGACAAAGCAUAAGAAAAGAAGAGAGUGGAUGGACCCUCUAGAUUCAGAUUUAAUCCCUUUAGUUUAUCUUUAACUUCAUUUCUUUCUUUCUUUUUUUGACAGAACUCAAAAAAAACUUUGAGAAAUGAAAGAGAUGAAUCAGAAAAUGGGGACUCACAAGUUCAGAUUUUCAGACAUUAUGCCUCAUUCAUGGAUCUAUAAGCUCAAAGGGAUGAGUAGAAGUAGCAGAAAACACCAUCCUUCUUCUCCUAAACACCUCUCUUCCGCUGAUGCUUCUUCCUCAAGAAAGCUCCGUGACCCUCAUCGACGUCUUUCUUCGACUGCUAAUCAUCCUCAAGUUUCUAAUUCACCUCCAAAAUCUUCUUCUUUCAAGAGAAAAAUCAAACGUAAAACCAUUUACAAGCCUUCCUCAAGGCUCAAGCUCUCUACAUCUUCUUCUCUAAAUCAUCGUUCUAAAUCAUCAUCCUCUGCAAAUUCAAUCUCUGAUUCCGUCGUUGGAAGCUCCUUAGAUCGUGUAUCAUCUCCUUCUGACCAAAAAUUUUACCAUGAUCCUGAACUGCAUUCAAUUGACAUUAAGGACGACCGCUCUGUGAAGAAGCUUGAUGAUGUAUCUGAAGAUCCUUCAUUCUCACCAAACUUGAGUCCUCUUCAGGUUGAGACUGCAAAGGAACCACCCUUUAAGAUGAUUACACAGCAGGAUCUGAAGAAACCGAAUGCUCGUUCGACAGGGAUAAAGAUUCGGUCAAACUCUCCCAAGAUCGCGAGAAAGAAGACAAAGGGAAAUACGCCGGUAUCGAAGAAGAAGGGGACUGUAAAGAGUUUCGCCAUAGUUCUGUCUUCAGUGGAUCCUGAGAAAGAUUUCAGAGAAUCCAUGGUUGAGAUGAUCAUGGAAAACAAGAUGAGGGAACAAAAAGACCUGGAAGAUCUUCUCGCAUGUUACCUUUCACUGAAUUCGAGCGAGUAUCAUGAUGUUAUCAUCAAGGCUUUCGAGAAAACAUGGUUACAUUUGACUCACCUCACCUGAGGACUCUCUCUGUAACACAAACGCAGGCCUUUGCACAACUUUAUUAAACACAUGUAACUUUUUACAUUUUUGAACUAGCAAACUUGUUUUUCACA